GAAAACUUGUGAUCUCAAUCACGUUUGCUCAACCCAAAGUGCUGUUUAACGAGCGCGAAAAUGCCAGCGGCGCACGCUCAAAAUAUUGAAGUCACCGUCCACGACUUUGUGACCUCCUUCUCUCGUCAGACGAAGGGAGAAGCGGCGUUUCCUUUUUUGCUCCCCUCCCCCAAGUCAGCACGCGAACGCGGCACACCUCGACUCGGCCAACAUGGCGGCGCCCGCAACCGACCGAAACGGCAAAUGUGCGUUCUUCGUGGAAAAAAAGAAACGUUUUUGUAAAAUGGUCGUGGCCAAAGGACGCGAGUUUUGCGGGGAACACGCCAACAUGGACACGAACGUCUCCGAAGAAGGCGGCGGCAGGAGGAUCGUUUGUCCACUCGACCCCAAGCACACGGUCAACCGAGACAAAUUGGACGCGCACUUGAAGAAGUGCAACUCUCGCGCCAAGGCAAAGCCGGUGAGUGAGGGCCCCGAUUUUGCGUGGAAAAGCCGUCCGUCUGUCCGUCCGUGUGCUCCUCAGGUGUAUUAUGCGGAGGACGUCAACGCCGGCUCGCCCGCCCCAAGCGAGCACUCGCUCCAACAGGUGACUUUGUGCGAGCGGAGCGCCGCCGAGUUGCGACGGCUGCUGGACAAACUGGACUCGGCUUCAAAAGGGCUGCCGCGUGAGCCGGAGGAGCGCGUCCUGUCGCACGGCGUUUUCCGGGAGGAGGCCGACGACCCCAAGAACGGCGAGUCGGCCCGCAAGCACCUGAAGCAGCAGGCUUCCAUCCUGGGCCACCUGGAGGCGCUGGGGCUGCUGCGACGCGGCCGCUGCUUCGUGGAGUUUGGGGCGGGGCGGGGCCAACUCUCGCGCUGGAUCCACCGGGCCCUGGAGGGCGAGCCGCACGAGCGCCUGCAGAUGCUGCUGGUGGAGCGCAGCAGCACCCGAUUCAAGGCGGACGGCAAGCAUCGGGGGGCCGACGUGGAGUUUGCCAGGCUGCACGUCGACAUUCAGCACCUGGAUUUGACUAAAGUCCCGCUGCUGGAACGGCGGCUGCCGCUGGUCGCGGUCGGCAAGCAUUUAUGCGGCGCGGCCACGGAUCUGGCUCUUCGCUGCCUCUUCCCAAGACGGGAAGCGGACCGGCCCCCCAAGCGCUUGAAGGCGGACCAUCCUGUCGGCGUGGCGGGCUUGGCGCUGGCGCUGUGCUGCCACCACCGCUGCGAGUGGCGCCACUACGUGGGCCGGCGCUUCUUUUCGGAUUUGGGCCUGGGGCCCGCCGAGUUCGCGGCCUUCUGCCGCAUGUCCAGCUGGGCCACCUGCGGCCUGGGGGCGGCCCCCCGCGCGGCGGACGACGAGGAGUAAGCCCUCGCGGAUGAAGACGAGUCGGCGGCCCCCCCGCUUUUGCUCACGUGCCUUUAUUUGC